AUGCCCGACUCCGACGACGCCCUCCUGGCGAGGCUGAACGCUCUCCGUAAAUCACCUGUCACACUAUCCAAGACGUCUCCUCCCGAUCUGCCAGCGACUCCCCAGCGAACAGGAAACUCAGACCUGACCGCGAGGUUCCGCAGCUUGACGCCCAACAGCGCUGUCGCAUCGCCAUUCCAAGAGCCAGAAGACACAGAACACAAUGAAGAAGACGACAGAACAAUCGAAGAGUUGCUGCAAGAUCUUGGGCCCGAGGACCAAUGGUCUGUCCAGCGUGAUGAGGGCGAGCGUAUCCGCGACCUGAUGAGAGAAGCCAAGAGUGCACUGCCCGAAGAGACGGAGGAGCAGCCAAACAAAGAGCUGGAUAUUGAGGUUGAAGCUGCUGAGCCGGAGCAAGAUGACGAAGAGGAGGAUGAGAAGAAUGAGGACAAGAGGGAUGAUGAGGAGGCUGACGACUACGUUCAACGCGUUCUCGCGGAGCUUGCUUUGGAGAAGAAGUAUGGCGGGCCAGACGAAGAAGAUGAGCAAGAAGACGAGCGCAAGAAAUCGACUUCAGAUGAGCAAGAUGAGGGACAUGGUGGAUUGUCUUUGCCAUCAGCGCCUACGGAGCUACCGUCUUCGCCAGCGCCUGUUGAUGAGUUCAACAUCGACGAUGCUCUAUCGGCACGGUUCGCGUCCCUAUCGCUUCCUGGAGUACCUUCGUUCAACCCAGCCACGAAGCCUGUCAGCAUACAAAAAAGCGGACCCAAGUCGAACUUGCCCAAGUACACGGACGAGGACAUGGAGAGCUGGUGUUGCAUCUGCAAUGAAGAUGCUACGGUAAAAUGCAUGGGCUGUGAUGGCGACCUAUACUGCCAGGAAUGCUGGAGAGAUGGUCACGGAACUGGACCCGGUCAGGAAAGAGGUCACAGAGCACUCGCAUACGCCAAAGACGCUUCUUGA